AUGGCGCCUGCCCCUUUUCUGCCCUCGGAGGAGGAAAACAAUCAAACGACAUUUCCUUUGCCGCCCCCACAACCACUGCGGGUGGAGCUGGAGGCGCGGAGGGGCUUCUCGGUGCGGGAGCAGUACCGGUGUCUGCGGGAGGACCUGGGGGCAAAGGUAGCCAGUGUCUACGAAUCGCCUGGCUUCUUCCUAGAGUUGGAUCCAAUUCCAGGAGCCCUUGAAGCUAUGCAGGAGAUGAUCCGCAUGCCAGACACUGAAGUCUUUAUUUGCACAAGUCCUCUCCAGAAAUACGAGCACUGCAUCGUGGAAAAGUAUAAGUGGGUAGAAAAACAUUUGGGACCCGAGUUUGUGGAGCGGAUUAUUCUAACCCGAGAUAAGACCGUCGUAUCUGCUGACUUGCUGUUCGAUGACAAGGAUACCAUCAGAGGCGCAGAGCUGAACCCGAGCUGGGAACACGUCCUCUUUACCUGCUGCCACAACAGGCACCUCCAGCUGCAGGCACCGCGCCGGCGGCUGCUCUCCUGGGCGGACGACUGGAAGGGCAUCUUGGAAAGCAAGCGCAGGCAGUAA